AUGGAGCUCAUCUCACAAACAACAGGGAAUCACUACUAUGGCCGGAUUGAAAAGUCUUUAACAUGGAUUAAGUCGUGGGACACAGCGGAUAUAGAGCUGCUUCAUCUGUUACUUGAUGCGGGUGCCGAUAUAAAUGCCAAGAAUCCUGAUACCGAAACGACAGCACUGCAACAUGUCGCCGGAAAUGAUUCCGCUGAGAAGGUUGAGUUCUUACUACGGAAUGGAGCUGAGGUGAACAUUCCUGCCACCAAGGAAAUAGGAACACCUUUACAAGAGGCCAUAAUACACCAAAAACUUGAAAUUGCUGAACUUCUCCUUGAACAUGGAGCGGACGUAAACGCUCUUCCAGCAGAGGAGUAUGGAGUAACUGCACUUCAAGCUGCUGCUAUUCAUGGCUACAUUCCACUCGAUUGA